GUUUGUGUUUUGAUUCCUCCAAAGGGAAGUUGCGAGAAGAAAGGGAGGAGACGUGUCGGGGCCAUUGGCCAACAAGUACAAUUUAUCCCCGCUUCUUGCGCCAGAAGUAUAAGUGAGGAUAUAAUAUCUUCUCAGCGUUGACAUUCGACAGGUUUAAAAUCCACCGUCUGGCUCUCAGUGAAAAGGUGCUGACAGUGAAGCGUCUGAACACACACGGGACACCUGAGGGGGAACGUACGAGGUCAUGGCCAGCAGGGGAGGAGCGACAAGACCCAACGGAGCCAACGGCGGCAACAAGAUCUGUCAGUUCAAGCUGGUGCUGCUGGGGGAGUCGGCCGUGGGCAAGUCCAGCUUGGUGCUCCGCUUCGUUAAGGGCCAAUUCCAUGAAUUCCAGGAGAGCACAAUAGGAGCUGCCUUCCUCACCCAGACAGUGUGCCUGGACGAUACAACGGUCAAGUUUGAAAUAUGGGACACGGCCGGCCAGGAGCGCUACCACAGCCUGGCCCCCAUGUACUACAGAGGAGCGCAGGCUGCCAUCGUGGUCUACGACAUCACCAACGAGGAGUCUUUUGCACGGGCCAAGAACUGGGUGAAGGAGCUGCAGAGACAAGCCAGCCCGCACAUAGUCAUCGCUCUGUCGGGCAACAAGGCAGACUUGGCCUCCAAGAGAGCCGUCGACUUCCAGGACGCUCAGUCCUACGCAGACGACAACAGCUUGCUCUUCAUGGAGACGUCGGCCAAGACGUCCAUGAAUGUCAACGAAGUUUUUAUGGCCAUCGCCAAGCGAUUGCCCAAGACGGAGCCUCAGCUCGCCAGCGCCAACAGCGGUCGGAACCGCGGUGUGGACCUGACGGAGGCCGCCCAGCCCGCAAAGGCCCCUUGCUGCAGUACCUAGGACACUGCCCCCAACCCCAUCCCCUACCCUACCCCACCCCACCCCACCACCACCAUGCCUGCCCCUCAUCUUCUUUGCCCGACCAACCACACAUAGCAGUAACUAUAAGGCGGGAGCGACACGAGAUAAGCUGAUUUGUGUAUAAUCACGACAUAUCACCAUGGUAACGUAUACUGACGGCCUCACAGCCAUGAAGAGCUCCACCUAGUGGCCAGUGAAAGUGGAAUUGAGUCCAUUUAGGGUCCCUUUGCAUCGUGUGUUAUCAUUCAUUGUGUUAGCAGUGAUUGGGAAACCUAAUAAGAGACAAAAGUGCUCCAUCUUAGAGGAAGCGCUCACUUCCCUUUUUUGGGAUUACUCCAACUACUGCCUUGCUAACAACAGUCUACUGUUUUCUAAUGUCAUGUUAUUCAUAAUCUACAAAUGCUAAAUGUUUUAAAAAUAAAUGGAGGAUUAGAGCAGACGGGGCUGACACCACUGCCCCCUGGUGGCAUCGUGGUGUGUCUGCAGGGAUCAACAGCAGCAGAAAUCCCUGAAAAGUUCCAUUUCAAAUACGAAUACUGCGUGCAUACGCAAACAUGUGGACUUUGUCUCUGCGGUUAUUCUUUGUCCUCGCUGCAGACUUCCUGUUCCUCCUUUGCUGGCUUUGCACGCGGAAGUGAUGAUAUCCUUAAAAAGUGGGGAGUUGCAAUACGGAAAAGGGCGCUUCAUGAUUUUGUUCAUUACAAUUAUUAGUCACCUUGAUUAGCAAGUGCUUUAGACACACGUUUGCGUGUCUAUUUUCUAUUUAUGUGUUUAUGUCAGGACACAAAACACGCAAUUCCUUCCCCCCUCGUAACAUGAUUGUACACUUUUUACUCAUGCCUUGCACUAAUGACUCAUGGUUAUAUCUCGUCAUAAUCACCGCCAGUGUGAUAUAAAUCAAUAUAUAGAAAUAAUAUACUGUACAUAGGGUGUUGUAGUCUUACCUGGAUUGGAUUAGCAGUGACUCAUUGUUGAGAUAAAUCAUGUCUAGGAAGGAAAAGUCCGUACAGGGAGGGGUUAGCACGAUGCCUCAAACUCACAGUAUGGAGAUCUGGAAUCCAAAAACAUGCUUGGUUGGUAGGUUCUUUGAUGAGAAUAUGUCAAAGGGGUUAAUUGAUUUCAGGAGUUGAAUGAAGAUAGAGAGCAAUUAAAGGCUCAGAAAGCAAACCAGCUUUUUCACAUGUUAUGGCAUACUGACUUUGGGCUUUUCAUCCAAAUUCUGACUAUAUGAGGAAGUACGUUGUAAGGAAUCUAUAGAAUAUAAGACUUUUUGAAUUGAACUACUGAAGUAAACAAACUUUUCAGAGAUAUUCUCAUUUUAUAGAGACACACCUGUACGUGUGAUUCCAGGCCAGCAAAGGCUCCAGCUCACCCAUGACCCUGGUGAGGACAGGCGCUCUAGAAAUGGAUGGAUAGUACAGUAGAAUUGAUUAAAUUCUAAAUGUAUGACAUUAAUAACACCUGUUUGGUUUGUUUAGUAGUGAUCUCCUAACAUGCCAACAUUUAGUUUUUAUCAUUCCAAUGCCUUCUCUCUUUAAAAGCUUCUCCACGGGAGACAAAAACGCAGAAUGGUAGUAGCCACAAUGAAAAGAGGAUGUAAAUUGUAUGUUUUUUGUUGUUUUGUUGUUCUCCAGGUCUAAAAAUGAAUACAGCUACAAACAUUUUACAGUGCUGUUAUGUAUUGAGCUAAUAAAUACUGGAAUACA